AUGACAUGCCGAGACAGCCUGAACCUGUCUGCGGAUCGCCCUACAGUGUAUUUGAACCAGCGCAGCACAGCUCCCUUCAACACCACAGCUCCCUUCCACACCACAGCUCCCUUCAACACCACAGCUUCCUUCAACACCACAGCUCCCUUCAACAACACAGCUCCCUUCAACACCACAGCUCCCUUCAACACCACAGCUCCCUUCAACACCACAGCUCUCUUCAACACCACAGCUCUCUUCAACACCACAGCUCCUUUCCACACCACAGCUCCCUUCCACACCACAGUUCCCUUCAACACUACAGCUCCCUUCAACACCACAGCUCCCUUCAACACCACAGCUCCCUUCAACACCACAGCUCCCUUCCACACCACAGUUCUCUUCACCACCACAGCUCCCUUCCACACCACAGCUCCCUUCCACACCACAGUUCCCUUCAACACCACAGCUCCCUUCAACACCACAGCUCCCUUCCACACCACAGCUCCCUUCAACACCACAGCUCCCUUCAACACCACAGCUCCCUUCAACACCACAGCUCCCUUCAACACCACAGUUGCCUUCAACACCACAGCUCCCUUCCACACCACAGCUCCCUUCCACACCACAGCUCACUUCAACACCACAGCUCCCUUCAACACCACAGCUCCCUUCAACACCACAGCUCCCUUCAACACCACAGCUCCCUUCAACACCACAGCUCCCUUCAACACCACAGCUCCCUUCAACACCACAGCUCCCUUCAACACCACAGCUCCCUUCAACAACACUGCUCUCUUCAACACCACAGCUCCCUUCAACACCACAGCUCCCUUCAACACCACAGCUCCUUUCAACACCACAGCUCCCUUCAACACCACAGCUCCCUUGAACACCACAGCUCCCUUCAACACCCAAGCUCCCUUCCACACCACAGCUCCCUCCAACACCACAGCCCCCUUCCACACCACAGUGGCUCCAGGCGCGUACGCAGGGUGGCGUCCAGGGGGGAUCCAUCUUGUUCUUAAUGACAACUUAGGAGAAUAUUUGCCAUAA